AUAUUUUCUAGACGAGUCCGGACGUACGACCUUCUGUAGACCUCGUCUAAAUAAAUCGACCUGUCGCGUUCCACCGUUUCCUUGCGCCUUGCAUCGAAACACUGAUAUCUUCUCGUCAGCAAACGUUAGCCAUACCGACUGGAAACCCCGAUAUCCGAGCCUACAUCAGUAGAGUAAAAACGACAUAAUUAUAAGUUCAGUUCAGUUUCACGAAACUGUUUGUUUGGCGUAUUAUAACACAUCAUGGCCGCGCCCGAGAACAUCGACCAUAUCGAAGAGGAUCCGCGUAAUCCCUAUGCCUCGGCCAAUAGAUGGAGGCACCAAGAGUCGUCAUCUUUUGCUCGCGCUGCGAUUGCGCGAGACGCCCAUUCGUCUAGCGCAGACACGCAAGACCUCACAAACUUCCUGAACUCGGCGCGCGUCGAGGGUGAUGGCUCAGGGGCUGGGAAUUACAAGCCGAUUAUUGUCAGUAAUAGUGAUGGCGCGCAUGACGGAGGAAUUGUUGACGACGGGAGAGAGGUAGUAUGUGGCCCUCUACUGAAUUACCGCCGUAUGGAAAACAGAACAUGGCACGGAAGUGUUUUGCUUGUCAUCAAGGGUGGUGGCAAGAUCCAGAGGUUUCAGCCUACCUUAACUUUCAACCGCGUCGAUAUUUCUACCGGCGCCAAUGGUACUAAUGUCGCAGGUAUCUGUCUCUAUUCGGAUCCUAGAAACACGUUUUGGCAAUUUCCUCUUGUUUGCGACAUGGAUAAUAUCGAGACGAAAUGGGCGUAUUCGAUUGCCGACGUUCGUUAUAAAAGCGCUACACAACAGAAGACGAACUAUUUCUUCAUUCCAGCUAUCGACGAGUCGAUGCGAAUUAUGUUCCAUUCGUGCAAUGGCUUCAGUGUGGGCACGGACGAAGACGCCUGGAGUGGCCCGGCUUUAUGGAAUGAUGUUCUAAGAUGCCAUGCCAAAACUCCUUUCCACGUAAUGAUAGGAGGAGGCGACCAAAUUUAUAAUGACGGUAUCCGUGUAAGCGGACCACUUCGUGAAUGGACCGAUAUAGGCAACCCCAAGAAGCGCCGUGAUUUUCCCUUUCCAGAAAGUCUGCGAGCAGCUUGCGAUGAUUACUACUUGAAUAAUUAUAUACGGUGGUAUUCAACGGAACCGUUCGCCACCGCAAACGGGCAAAUACCGCAGCUAAACAUUUGGGAUGACCAUGAUAUUAUUGACGGCUUCGGGUCCUAUGUCAAUGAAUUCAUGAAGUGCGAUGUAUUCCGAGGCAUUGGUGGCACAGCCCAUAAAUAUUAUAUGCUUUUCCAGCACCAUUUACCGCCACCUAUUUCGACAUACACAUCGGAUGUACCCGCAACUACGGAGCACGGAUCAGAUCAGCACGAUCCGGCGCAACUAGUGGAUACGUUUGUGAGAGAACAAUCUUUCGACUCGUCCUAUAUUAUUGGUAGCAAACCUGGACCAUAUGUCGCCCAACACUCGAUGAACAUGUUUGCCAAGCUAGGUGCCAGAAUUGCGUUCAUGGGCAUUGAUGCUCGUACUGAGCGCACACGACACCAGGUUAACUAUCCUGAGACGUACGACCUCAUUUUUGGUCGAGUGAGGGAUGAACUAGGAGCCGCAGCAGCAGCUGGUAGACCUUUUAGGCACCUGAUUCUAUUGUUAGGCAUUCCGAUUGCGUACCCGCGACUUACUUGGCUGGAGAAUGUGUUCACCAGUCCCCUUAUUGCGCCCGUUAAAUUUUUGAACCGAAGAUUUGGAUUCGGCGGUGGCGUAUUUAAUCACUUCGACGGAAGCGUAGAUCUUUUAGAUGAUUUAGACGAUCAUUAUACCGCCAGAACCCACAAGAAAGAGCGAAACAAUCUGAUAAAGCGACUUCAGACUGUCUGCGCAGACUUCUCGGUCCGUCUCACUAUUCUUGGAGGCGAUGUCCAUUUAGCAGCUCUCGGACGGUUCUACUCAAACCCAAAUUUGCACAUUCCCGUGGAGGAAGACCACCGAUAUAUAAUCAACGUGAUAUCUUCCGCGAUAGUCAACAAACCUCCACCAACAGCUAUUGCUAACCUCCUAGCAAGCCGUAACAAAAUUCACCACCUUGAUGCGAACACGGAUGAGACGCUCAUGGCCCUCUUUGAUAAGGACCCAGGGAAUUCCAACAAGACGCGCUCGUCAAACAACGUUACGAUGCCUAGCCGAAAUUUCGCUAUGCUCACGGAGAAUUCGCCAAACAACAGGGGUACGGCUGCUAAUGGCCACGCAGGGCCGGAGGAUGCCAACCCAUCAGAAAAUCAGUUCGAUGGCAAGGAUGGACACUCAUUCCUGUCCAAAGGCGAGCUUGGCGCGGGCACCAAGCACAAGGCAGCGAAUUUCGAGACGCACGGCAAAGAUAACGACGGUGGUCUCGACGUCUGCAUUCGAGUAGAGAUCGAUCAGCACGAUAAGGAGGGUAAGACAGAGCCGUAUGGUCUAACGAUCCCGGCUCUGAACUACGAAGCUGGAAAAUUCAGUAUCAACGCGCACUCUCAUCAUCUUCGCCAUCACCGAAGCAGACCAGACACGGCCGGCGCCGCGAGCUCUUUCGCUCCAAGUACGGCUCCCUCGUUGCCCGUCUCGGCGCCUGAAGCUGCUCACUGAUGUGGGCUCAAAUAGGGCAGGAUUGGUCCACUAUGCGAGGUAGACUUCUCAGUCGAUGCUCACCGGU